AUGAUGAUGAAAAUCUUCUUGAUAGUCAGAUAUUUAUGGAGCAAUAGUACUAUACGGCGAGGUCUUUACGCAAGAAUACAGUUUCAAUUGAUAACAAAGGCGAUCGUCCGUGAUCGUGACCUCAGAGUGAGAACUCGCUGCACUACCUGCUUCCUCCUACGGUACUUGGCUUGGUACACUCUAAUGAUGGAGGUGGUAGGUGUCUUUCCUAACUGGCUGAUUAAAGGAAGGGAAAGCGCAGCUGAGCAAGGUUUGCUCUCGUCUCCGGUUGGCACCAAGGACAGCAAGUGUGACAUGCGUAUGCAUACUACUCGCUGA